AGGGGGCACUUUCCACUGAAAUUGAAACCCACCCGCUUGCUGACCAAAUUACGUAGCUAACUCCAGGCGCAAGGAGGCGCUGCUGUCCAUGUCGAGGACACACGGUUCACGGUAGUGCUGUGUCGGUCUCAGCUCCUCGCUCAGUGAAAAUUGCUGGGAGACCGAGAAGAAACAGUUUAAUACAUCGUUUCAUGUACAUGUGUGUGCCACAAAUCUGGUCUCGUACCUCCAGCGAAUUCAUCUCACGGACACGUGUGAAACGACAAUGCGGAGAUAAUUGAGGGAGACACGGCGCGACAUUUUCUUGUUGUUGUUUUUUUUUAUUGCGAGUUGAAAUCACUGCUGGCGACGAAAUGUCGGGGAAAAUAGAGAGCAAGCAAGACUCGCAGCGCUCCCACCUUUCCUCCUUCACCAUGAAGCUGAAGGACAGGUUCCACUCUCCAAAGAUCAAGAGGACCCCAUCGAAGAAGGGCAAGCAGCUGCAGGUCGAGCCAGCCAUCAAGAGCCAAGAGAAACCUGUCAACAAGAAGGUGAGUCGGCUGGAGGAGCAGGAGAAGGAGGUGGUGAGCGCUCUGCGUUACUUCAAGACCAUAGUAGACAAGAUUAUGGUGGAGAAGAAGGUGCUGGAGAUGUUGCCUGGCUCGGCCAGCAAGGUCCUGGAGGCCAUUCUACCCCUGGUGCAGGUGGAGGCCCGGAUAACACACAGUUCGGCGGUGUCGUCGUGUCACAACCGCGUGUACCAGAGCCUGGCCAACCUGAUCCGCUGGUCUGACCAGGUCACGCUGGAUGACAUCGACCUGGACGACAAGGACAACGUGGUCGCGGUCACCACCGUUAUCAAGGCUGUGCUCGACGGGGUCAAGGAACUGGUCAAACUCACCAUAGAGAAACAGGAGCAGCCCUCGCCCACCACUCUCAACAAACCACUACCACCUAUUGCCACACCUGAGAGCACAUCCGAGUUGCCCCUGACGGAACGGGAGCGGGAGAUCCUGAGUAAGACCACGCCCGCUGUCCCGCCCACCGAGGCUAUGACUGACAUGGCAGAGGAGGACAUAGCCCCGCCCAAACCCCCCCUCCCUAGCCUGAAGAUGGAUGCGCUCAGGAACAGAGCACACUUGGCUACUGACCACUUUGUAGCUGCCCAAAGGAGAUCCACAAAGACUGACACUCCUCCUCCGGCCCUGCCCCCAAAGAAGCGCCAGUCGGCCCCGUCGCCCACCCGGGUGGCAGUGGUGAGCCCCAUGAGCCGUGGCUCCAGCCUGCCCUGCAGCGUACAUAGACGGCAGCAGGACUAUGAGCAGGAGCUCCUCCAGAGGCGUUUCUCAGGCGGUAGCCAGUCGUACAGGGGCAACUCCCCGCGCCUCUCGCCCUGCAGCAGCAUGGGAAAGCUCAGCAAGUCUGACGAGCAUCUCUGCUCCAUGGAACAGGACAGUGGACGGUGCUCCCAAAAUACUAGUUGUGAGACGCUGGACACGGAGAGUUACGACCCAGACUAUGACUUCCUCCACCAGGACCUCUCAGUCUUCACUGGGGACCCCCUCGCCCCCUCAGGGGUCACCUCUCUGUCGCCCCUCCCUGAGUCCCACAGCGAGUCAUCCUCCCCCGUCCCUCCUCCCAACCGCUUUAGCUCCCCACCCGCCCCCCACCCUCACCACUUUGAAUACUGGACCCCCCAGCCCGGUUCUCACAUCAGCCCCUUGCACCCUUGCCGCCUCAGCGCGCCUCCAGCGUUACCCCAGAAGAAGCGGCGCAGCGCCCAGGUGUCGCCCUAUCCGGACGGGUGCUGGGGUGGUUCCUCGCGGGGGGCCCUCUACGAGAGGUUCCCCUCGCAGUACGAUAACCUGUCGGAAGAGGAGCUGCUGCACCCCACGCCCCCCUUCCCCCUCUUCACGCCCAUCUCACCCAUGCCCCAGAGCAACGGGGGCGUGUUUGUGGCCCAGUACCUGGCCAGCGAGAACGCAGACGUUCCCUCUAGUCCACCGCCGCUGCCCGAGAAGAGGAACAAGCACGUCCUGGCGUACAUGCAGUUUGUGGAGGACUACUCGGAGCCCCAGCCCUCCGUGUUCUACCAGACGCCGCAGAGCGAGAGCAUCUACGAGCAGAGGAACAAGCGCUUCCAGGAUGUCUGCGGCCUCAAUGACUCCUUCAGCAGCACCGACUCGGUCCACGAGCCCUUGCCCGUACCCCUCUUCCCGCCUCCCGCCUUGCCCCCCAAGCAGAGGCAGCUGGCCUCCCACUCUUCCUCCCCCUCUUCUUCCUCAUCCUCCUCUCUGCCGUGCCACCUCCACCCUUCAUUGGUGGCGGCAGCAGAGGAGGUGGGCUCUGGCCUGGGGCUCAGCCUAUCGGUCUCUAGCUCCUCCUACCUUAGUGGACACUCCUCGCUGACCACGCCCAUGAGCUCGGACCAGGUCGCCUUGGCCAAUGCCACCCUAUUGGCUGGCAGCGGGGAUGGGCCCGACUGUUCCCUGGCCGACCUAUUGGGCUCUGUGGCCGUCUGUCUUCCUUCCUCUGAGACCACUUCUCUUCUUACUGACUCUCUCCUCCACACCUCGACAGUGAGUGUGGACGAGGGUGGCGAGGGUGAGUAUGUCAACCUGUACUCAUCCAGCCAGGCCAACGGGGAGCUGCCACUCUGCCUCAGAGAGCCCAACUCUGCUGACGAAGUCCUUGAAGACCCCUCUCCACAGAUGCCCUCCUCCAAUAGCAAGGCGGCUCUGGACAAGGACAGGAGGCAGAAGUCAACAGACUCUGCGCCUUGUGACGAGGAAGUGGAUGAGCUCUCUCUCAUUGACCACAAAGAGAUCAUGUCCAGGAUUACACUAAAACAAGAGAAUGAUGAUGGUCCUGACGUGCGUGCUGGAUCAGGGGAUAUUCUGUUAGUCCACGCCACAGAGACGGAACGCAAAGAUCUGGUGUUGUACUGUGAAGCCUUCCUGACCACAUACAGGACAUUCAUUAGCCCAGAGGACCUCAUUAAGAAGCUGCACUACAGAUAUACCAGGUUCUGUCACAGUCCAGACACAUUUAAGAAGCGGGUCAGCAAGAACACCUUCUUUGUGCUGGUUCGAGUGGUGGAUGAGCUGUGUCUGGUGGAGUUGACAGAGGACAUCCUGAAGCAGCUGAUGGACCUGGUGUUCAGGCUGGUGUGUAACGGCGAGCUGAGCCUGGCCCGCGUGCUCCGCAAGAACAUCCUGGACAAGGUGGAGCAGAAGAAGCUGCUGCGCUGCACCAACUCUCUCAAGCCACUGGCCGCCCGGGGCGUGUCCGCCAGGCCCGGAACGCUGCAUGACUUCCGCAGCCAUGAGAUUGCCGAUCAGCUCACACUACUGGAUGCAGAACUGUUCUACAAAAUUGAGAUUCCUGAGGUGUUGCUUUGGGCCAAGGAGCAGAAUGAGGAGAAGAGUCCGAAUCUGACUCAGUUCACAGAGCACUUUAACAACAUGAGCUACUGGGUGCGCUCUCUAAUCAUUCAGCAGGAGAAAGGCCAGGACCGAGAGAAGCUGCUCCUCAAGUUCAUCAAGAUCAUGAAGCACUUACGGAAGUUGAACAAUUUCAACUCGUACUUGGCAAUACUGUCUGCCCUGGACUCGGCCCCCAUCCGCAGGCUGGAGUGGCAGAAACAGACCUCAGAGGGAUUGGAGGAAUACUGUACGUUGAUUGACAGUUCGUCGUCUUUCAGAGCGUACCGGGCGGCUCUGGCCUUCGUGGAGCCUCCGUGCAUCCCAUACCUUGGUUUGAUCCUGCAGGACCUGACCUUCGUCCACCUGGGGAACCCGGACCUCAUCGACGGGAAGGUCAACUUCUCCAAGCGCUGGCAGCAGUUCAACAUCCUGGACAGCAUGAGGCGCUUCCAGCAAGUGCAUUACGAGCUGAAGCGCAACGACGACAUAGUCUGCUUCUUCAACGACUUCAGCGACCAUCUGGCCGAGGAGGCGUUGUGGGAACUCUCACUGAAGAUCAAGCCACGCAACAUCACCCGGCGGCGGACGGAGCGCGAGGAGAAGACUUAGGAAGGGGGGGGUUAGCGGUGCGGCGUGGCCCCCGAGACCACAGCCAGGGCUCGCCGAGGGACCUCCACUGUGCUACAGAUGGACAGAAAGGAUAGAUGGAUGGACACAAUCAACUGGACCUCACUAACAGGGGAAGAAAGACUGACUAGGGCUGGACCAGACCAGAGGAUAUACAGUAGGCUAGUAGGGGGGAAAAGACUGCCAUGGUUUACAGUGACUCUGAUACACUGGGAGAUUAUGGGGAGAUUAUGACUGGGGGUUACAUUGGAUUCUCUCCACCCAGAACUGCAGUUGGCAGGAGACAAAUUCCUAACCAACAGUAGGAGAAAGACUGGUGCCAAGGGAGAAGAGGAGAACUUCAUAUAAGGAGAGGAGGUGGAGAUGUCGAACAACUGAAGAGACUGCUCCCUGUCCUCUCCCAUUUGAAUGUAUAAACGUGCGUGUCAGCGAGUGUGUGAGGUGAAAUCCCCAGAUAUUCCCUCCCUCACCCUACAGAGUGUGGGCCAUCCUGGGGUCAGUCCCGACUGCUCCCUCUCCUGACUUAACUUCCUUGUAUCCUUGGAAUCCUCAGUAUUCCGGACUAUAUUCUGCCAUGAACUCUGUCACAAUGCAGACUUGACUGGGCAAGAAUGUGGUUUUCGGAAAUUGACAUUUGAGGGGUUAGGCGAGGUGGAGGACCACAAAGGGACUAGACUUGUAACAAGAGUGUAUUAUUAUUAAUAUUAUGAAUCAUAUAUGGUUAUGAUUUAUUAUAUACAGUGCUCCUUUUGUUCUUAAAAAGGAUUUGUCUAUUAAGAGAAGUGCCAUACAAAUGUGCACUCAAAAAAGCUAAGCGAAAAAAACUAAACCCACAAAAAGAGAAAGUACUAAAGAUGCUGUGAUCUGUCUGACAUAUACAAUCAUCAUGUGCCAUGUUUGAGUAAGAGAACUGUCAGGCAACCAGGCCUGUGUCCCAGUAAAGGGGGGGGGUGGUGUGUCUGGGUUCGUCAGUCCAUUGUGUGCUGUAGUUAUUCAUUAUUCCUUUGGAAUAAUGGUGUCAUCCAACUCCAAUAAAACUGCUCUGUUUCUAUA